AUGUCCAGUGUCGAUGGCGGCUUGAUCAUAGUUGACGACCAGGAUGCGGAUGUAGCUUAUACUGGUUCAUGGACGUCCGCUGGGUCUGCGAUGGAGUACAGCCAGACGAUACACGCUUCUAAUGAGACGGGGGCGUCGAUGUCGUAUAAUUUCACAGGGACAUAUAUCUCUGUCUAUGGCGAUUACGACCCAAGGGGCUCGUGUUCUUUGGUUUUCAGUCUGGAUGGAAAGUCAACGGAGGUUAAUACUCCACAGAUCAACGCGACAGCGCACCACCGGCAGAUAUGGGCAUCCUCACAGCUGAGCGAUGGCAACCACACACUCGUUUAUUCCGUCGACUCGUGUCACAGGAACAAUGCUACUUCAUCUGGGACGUACGGCUGGUUCGACUAUAUCUUGUAUCAGCCUUCUCCCGGUACCCUCCCCGCCGCCAAGUACGUUGUUGACGACACCAGCUCGGAUAUCAAAUGGGCAGGCAACUGGUCGCGAACUGGGGUAGACGGGGACUUUAAUGUCACUGCCCAUGCGAGUAGCAAGGGUGCUUCUCUCGAACUUCAGUUCACCGGCUCAGCCAUUACAGUUUAUGGCCGGCUGGACAACCUCACAAACACCUUGACCUCUGCGGCAUUCGCCAUUGACAACUGGCGCUGGAGAAACCUACAACGCUCCAGCUCAAAACGCCACUGUUUUUAA